GUAUAUUAUAUCUAGUCUCACUAGCCAGACUCUAAUUUACUGAAUAAGAGUCUGGUGCCAUGCCUAAUAUCAACUCGUGUUUUCAAUGUUUUGAUUUGCGUGGGCAAGGAAUGUUUUUUUAACGAUCAUAGCAAAAGCUAAUAAUAAAUUGACAAAUAAUAGAUUAAUAUAGAUUAGAUGAAAUGAAUGAUUUUAAUUUAGAAAUAGAGAUAGAACGUUAAUCUCUCUAAACAAGCCCACGCACUACAAUAUUGUGGAUUUAUUAUUUUUAUAUAUAUGUAUACUGAUUUUAUACUUGCUUGUAUUAUAAGUUGUAUAUUUUAUACUUCAUACUUGCUCCUGGCAUCAAGAAAUUUUAUUCAUCUCGGAUCCAAACACAUUAUUUCUAGAAGCAUUUCUUUACUUGCCUAAUUGUCUAACCAUCAGAGCAGAUAAAGGCAAUCCAGUCGGCAGUUGUAGUCAUAGAAAGAAAGUGUAAUAGCUCAGUUAGUUCCAUUCUUGAUAAUAGACUUGCCGUGCGUGGGCGAAUUCUAAUGUAACCAUGGUAACAGUGAUCUGAUUAGGUCGACCAAAUUCCGCCAGGCAAGCAUGAGUUGAUGUUGCACGUUGGGCAUGAAACCAGACUCUACUCUAAAAAUUGGGUCUGGCCCAACGAGACUAUAAUUAUAUCCACUAGCACUUCCGGACCCGGUACCGGUUUUGUAUGGUAUCUAUGGGCAAAUAAGAUUCUCUCGAGCGGAUUCAUUGGACAUGGGAAAAGCAGCAUCAAAAUUAGAUUUUUCAAAAGUAGAUAAAUUAAUUAAAAAAAAGGUUAAAGAAUUACGUGAUGGUGCUCUUAAAAAAAUUGAUGACUCUUGUAAAGAAUAUAAGGAAGGAGGUCCAUGCAUUAAUGAAAAGGAACUGGAGUUAUUUCUCCAUCAAAUUGAGAAUAAGAUGUUAUUAGUAGCUGUUGUGGGGGAAGGCAGUUGUGGCAAGAGUACUCUUAUUAAUGCCUUUUUAAGAGACAAGAUCCUACCAGCAGGAAUUGGAAGAGUUACUGGUUUCAGGAUAUUUAUUGGACAUGAUCCAAAUGUUCAUGAAACUCCUUGUGAGAGCUCCACUGGGUACUGUGAUAAAUGUCCUUAUUUGGUUAGUGGGAUUGGAAAAGAAAUUUUAUGUCAUGGAGUAGCAGAAAUAAAAUUGAAAAUAACAAGAAGGAACCAACUAAAUGAUGCACAUCAGAUAGACCCCCUUGUUCUUUAUACGUACAUUCCAGUAUUUGAUUCAUUGAGCUCUUCAACCCAUUGUACUCCGUAUUUCGUGGACUCUCCUGGUGUUGAAGUCAUCAAUAAUGAUGUUAAGUCCUACUAUAGCAUACUGUCUGCUAUGAUUUAUGUUGAGAACUACCUAAGGCUGAUGCAAAAUGAAGCAAACAUUAUAACAGAGUUAGGUUGCAAGCCAGAAGAUGCAUCAUUACUCUUUGCUGUGAGCCAUUUUGACAAAUACUACACAUCACGUGCUGAUGAGCAAAAUCCUGACAAAAGAAAGACUAAAACUGAAGUUGAGUGUAAUAUGGAGUUGGUUAAACGCGGAGAGGUAUUUCCCGUUUGUGGAGAUUGGGCUCUACACGCACACCUUGCACUAAAGUAUAAGGAAAGAGAUGAGAUUUCAUGUGAUGUUGUCGAAGAGGCAUACAGGUGUAAAAGGGUACCUAAAAGGAAAAAUUUUGAUGAAAUAGUUGACAAAGCUACAUGCAUUUUGGAAGUUUCAGCAUUCGAAGAAUUAGAAAAAAAACUAAAAAUUUCAAUUGAUCAAACAAAUUUUCAGCAGUGGAUCAUCAUGAUGUACAAACAAUGUAUAAAACUUUUGAAACGUCCUAUUCAAGCAGCAGAUACUAUUUUACCUAUCAUUGAGUCUGAAAUAGCUAACAAAAGCAAAAAUAUAGAAACAAUAAAUGAAAAAAUUGGCAAUUUAAGGACAAUGGAAGGAGAAGUUCAAGAAUAUGUUUUAGAACAAUUGGAAAAGAUACAGCAACUAGCAUCUAGCUUCUUUAUGAGAAGAGUGUCUCCAAAAAUUGAAGAAGAAUUGCAAAUAUUGCGUAGGAAUGGUAUAGAGAGUGUGAACAGAAAUUAUACAUUCGGACAAUACUUGGAAGACUUGAACACACUUAUUAAUAAUCUUUCUGGUCUAAUUACGCAAGAACUGAAUGAUGAAACAAAAAGAUGCAGUAAAGACUUAGGAUCUGAGCUUCAUAACAGAUACACAAAAUUGAUAAGGCACAUACAGUGGGCACAGGAUGAUUCUCGUAAUGUAACUUUAGCUGCAGAAGUUCAAACCCAAAAUAUUGCAGAUAGCUGUUUUAUUAGUGAGCCUUCUAACACUAUAAGAGGUUUUGUUAGGAAUAGAACUCGAAACUGGAGAUUAUUGAAUAGUGCACUCGCAGCAGCUAGUGCUGGAGCAAGUGUACUAGCUACUGGUGCAGGCUUUAUGACUGCUAUAGCUUUAAAUGUUUUAGCCAUACCAGCUAUAGUAUCAUCAGGUGCAGUUAUUACUGGGCUGGGUGGAACUGCUUAUUUUAUAAGACAAUUUAUUAACACUACAGAUCAAAGUAUGGAACUGAGUGAAGAAGAUGUCAAAACACUGUGUGACAAAAUGAAGUCUGAGAUUACAAUAAAUUCUGCUGGAAGAAUUAAGCAAAAAUUUGAGCAAGUAGUAGCAGAUGCAUUGAGAGACUACAACAUAUUACUGAAAGCUGAAUAUGAUCAAGAAUGGGGACAAAGACUCAAUCAGUGUUUGGAAGAAGCUCAGGUUUCAUUAAGACUCAUAUGUGAAAAGAAAACUGAGUUGACACAAGCACGUGAUGAACUUAAGAAGUACAGUGAUAGUCUUAAAGCUUUAGUUCAAGAAACUGAAUGAAUACAUACACAUGUAUUAUUCAGUCUGAUGAGUCAUGUAGACUUAGUACUUUUAGUUAGCAGUUAAUAUUUUUGUAGUUAUAGUUAUUUUGUAUUUUUAUAGAUGUAGUGCAUACAAUAUGCAAAAAGCAAACUCAUUUAUAUUUUUUUCUAAUACA